AUGCAGUUGCCACUCUUGCUGUUGCCACUUUUGCUUUUGGCCUGCUUAGAUGCUGUGUCAUCGCAAGGCUUGCAAUCAUUUCCCAAACUCUGUGAUGUCAAUACCUUUGAUGACUUCUUGGAACAGACAGGCAAAGUAUAUAGCGAUGCGGAGCGUCUCUAUCGUGAGAGUAUUUUUGGUGCUAAAAAAGCAUUGAUUGAUUUAACUAAUAAAAAUGCUGAUAUUGGUGUGGGCGGUUAUCGUUUGACCCUCAAUACGUUGGCUGACAUGACCAAUAAAGAGAUAUCCACACUUUUGGGCUCAAAAGUCUCUACCGGUGGCGAGAAAUUCGUCUCAGAUCAUAUUAACUUUGUGACUGCGCCCAAUCAACACAUCACAGAUAAUCUCCCCGAAUCCUUUGAUUGGCGUGAAAAGGGUGGUGUAACACCGGCUGGAUUCCAGGGUGUUGGAUGCGGUUCCUGUUGGUCGUUUGCCACAACUGGCGCAUUGGAGGGUCAUCUGUAUCGUCGUACAGGUGUCUUGGUAUCCUUGUCUCAGCAGGAUCUGGUCGAUUGUGCCGAUGAUUACGGUAAUAUGGGUUGCGAUGGUGGUUUCCAAGAAUAUGGAUUUGAGUACAUACGUGAUCAUGGUGUCACGCUGGCCAAGAAAUAUCCUUACACUCAGACUGAAAUGACUUGCAAACAGAAUCAAACAGCUGGCAUACCGCCACGUGAGAGUAUUGUGAAAAUUCGUGAUUAUGCCACCAUCACGCCUGGUGAUGAGGAAAAAAUGAAGGAAGUGAUUGCCACUCUGGGUCCAUUGGCUUGCUCCAUGAAUGCUGAUACCAUUUCCUUCUCACAAUAUCAUGGCGGUAUCUAUGAGGAUGAUGAAUGCAAUCAGGGAGAAGUUAAUCAUUCGAUCACCGUCGUCGGCUAUGGCACUGAGAAUGGACGGGACUAUUGGAUAAUUAAGAAUUCCUAUUCACAGAACUGGGGCGAGGGCGGUUUUAUGCGUUUGCCACGUAAUGCUGGUGAUUAUUGUGGCAUUGCCAGUGAAUGCAGUUACCCCAUAUUGUAGAGCAAACAAUGUGUUAGUUAUGUAGUAAUGAACCCUCGAUCGAAUUUACAAUUUUGUUACUCUAGUUUUCUAGUAAGAGAGUCAAUAAGAUUGAACCCCCCUUCAUAUUAUAGAAAUGUUAUACUAAUAAAUAUUUCAUUUACAUUUUUUUAUAAAAUAUAAA